AUGACUACCACUGGUUUUGCUGUUGUUGAGUUUGUCGAUGAAAAGUCAGUUGAGAUAAUUUGUGAAAAAUGGAUAGAGACAUGUGAUGGGGUAAGUAUUGCAAUUUUCAGCAAUUAUAUGUAGCGGUAUGUAUGGGUGAUCAUAAAAGAAACCAUGUUACGUUGAGGAUGUCAUAUAUUUUGCAAAAGAUUGUUAAACAAUAGAACCAGCUCUAUGGUUAGUAUUUUAUAAUGCAAGGUGUCGAUUUUUUAUCUUAGGUUAUGUACAGCUACUGGCCACAGUUAAAUGCAAAAGGAAAAGCUAAAAAAGCUGUGAUCCCCGACAAAGAAUUAUGGAAGAAGUAUAAAAUAAGGGUGCUGUCAUACACAGGUAUUAAUGUAUUUUAGUAUAAUGUAUUUUAGUAUAAAACCAUGUUCUGUUUGCCCAUUCAUGCAGUUCACCUAUAAAUCUGGUGCAAUAUUUAUUGCUACAAGCAUCAAUUAUUGUGUUGCAAAAUAACAGUAUGUGUACCUGUCUAAAUAUCUGUAUUGUCCGUAUUAGAGAGGUACAACUGUAUUUGAAUUUCAGUCGUUGUACCAUUUUCUAAUGCCUUUUAGAUAAUUUCAAGACAGCUCAAAAGCGGUUAAAAAAAGCUGAAGAAACAUCAAAUGUUGAUUCAGAGUCUGAUUCAGAUGGUUGUGUAAGAACAAAGAGGUCAAAACCUAACACCCCAAGAAAGAGAAGUCGACCGGGAAGUUACCAUUAUGCUGAACUGUCGGAAUGUUACGAUGGUAAGUUUCAACCUGUGAGUUUGUUUGAAUAUUUUCCGAUUACAAAAGUCCAGUAGGAUCCUCUAGGAAUUCCAGUAGCAAAUUCAGACUUUUACUUAUACAAUAGACUAAUGACAGUAUUCCUAAAGGAGUUCCUUAAUUAAAACAUAAAAUAUUGUAACUGUACAUGUACUUUAUUCUCUCACAUAAAGGCAAUGAAACAGAUAAUGUGGCACACGAAGAAAAUUUAACACGUCCUGCUCUCACACCACUUCUUCCUGCAGCACCCAUGUUUCCUGUUACAUCAUCCCCUGGACUAAAUAGAAGUGGAGAUUUCUCAGCUGCCCUUAUAUCGGCGGUUAACACUGUCUUUGAUUCAACACCAAGUGGUGAGAACACUCUGAAAUUGAUUAAUUAGAAGAACGAUCACAGUUCCAUGUUAACACAUUGCAGCUACUGUAACUUUUGAGAUUGCUUUUAUCUUUGCGCAGAUGUAAGCUGUGGUAGUCGUCCAUUACUCUCAAGUAUCCCUUGUACAUCUACCAGUAGUCCAAAUUAUUCAAAUUCUCAAAGACAACAUCAAAGUAAGUUUGAAAAAUCCGUCGUUGCUAUGAUUACAUAGACGCAUUGUCGAAGAGGUUAACAUACACUAUCUUUGAUCCAACUCCGGUUGUUGAGAGCACUUCUGAAUUGAUUGAUUAUAUUAGAACCAAAUCGCAGUUCCAUGUUCACUCAUUGCAACUACUAUAACUUUUGAAAUUGCUUUAUCUUUGCAUAGACGUACUUACCAGCCUGAAUAAUGCGAGCAGUGUUAGUCGUCCAGUUCACCCAAGUAUCCCUUGUACACCUAUCAGUACUCCAAAUUAUUCAAAUUCUUAUAGACAGCAUCAAA